GAACGAGCAAGUUGUAAUGAGGAGAACCAAAGUCAGAGUCAACAGACAAGUUGUUUCUGCCAAUUUGGAGCAGCUGGAUGUGACUUCUAGCAAGCCUCCGAUUAAUCCGAUGAGAGGAAAAUCAGCAAAAGCUAUCGAAACCCAGCUUUUGCAGCAGGCUGAGCAAAAUUUGGACAAUCAGAGAAAGUUGGAGAGGAGCAAAUCGGCUAUGGAGUUGCCGGUUAGGAGUUUCAAACAAGUUUUGCAGGAAAAGAUGAAGGAUGAUAAAGAUGAUUUGCAAGAUGCUUUGGGAUCGUUGACUUUGGUUAAGAAUGAUUUAGUCGGAUUUUGUGAUAGGAAUUUUAGACAAGUUACUGAUCAAAGGUAGAUUGCACAGAGAAAUCAAUUGUUA